UUCGCAAUCGUAAUUCGUUAGUAACUACUAUUGUCUAUUAAUUAUUAGUUAUUACAGUAUUACUAUAUUAUUAUGUCUUGAUUUGUAAGUUAUAUUGUGUAGAUUUCUGUUUUCCAACAAACUUAACGAACUCAUUAUUCGUUUAUACUUUUCGUAUUUAUAUUUUAUACUAAACUCACUUAAAUAUUUCAUCAACAGUGUCGUUUUUAGUUGCUGAAUAAUAUUCAAAUAAAUCUAACACCAAGGUGUCAACUGUUCGAAACGUUUCAUUCAAGUAUUCUAUAUGCUUAUGAAGUAUGAAUGGAAUGUUUUUACUCAAAGUUGGAAUCGGUGAUUGAGAUAUGAACAUUGUAAUAGUUAAUCACAUUGGUUUAUGAAUAGAUAUUGAACUUUAAUUACAACAGUGGAUUUGUUUUCUUCGACAAUGCCUCAUCAUUAUGGCCUAGAAAUUACUACGCAGAUUCGGCCUGAAAAGAAGCUGACUAAAGAUGCUAUGGAAAGAUAUUUACUUGAACGCAAUGACUUGGUUUUAACUAUCCUUCAUGCUAAAGUUGCUCAAAAGUCUUAUGGUACCGAAAAACGUUUUUUCUGUCCACCUCCAUGUGUCUAUCUUUUUGGCAAAGGCUGGAAGUUACGGCAACAGCAGUUGCUCAGAGAAGGAGUGACUGAAACUAAUUCUCAAAUGAGUGCGUUUAUUGGUAUUGGUAGUGCAGAUCAAGAUUUGCAACCACUUGAUCUUAAUAAUAAUAAACAGUAUUGUGCCGCCAAAACUUUAUUUAUAUCUGAUUCUGAUAAGCGCAAGCACUUUAUGCUUAUGGUAAGAAUGUUCUACAAUAACGGCUACGAUAUUGGAACUUUUCACAGUAAACGAAUCAAAGUAAUAUCUAAACCUUCUAAAAAAAAACAAUCUUUAAAAAACGCUGAUUUAUGUAUAGCUAGUGGUACAAAAGUAGCUUUGUUCAAUAGGCUUAGAUCACAAACAGUAAGCACUCGAUAUUUGCAUGUUGAAAAUGGUACCUUCCAUGCCAGUUCAACAGAGUGGGGAGCUUUUAUCAUUUACUUAUUGGAUGAUGAUGAAGGUGAAAGUGACAUGUUCAAUGUUCGAGAUGGUUACAUUCACUAUGGUAGUACAGUGAAAUUAGUAUGCAGUGUUACUGGAAUGGCCUUACCCCGAUUAGUCAUCAGAAAGGUUGAUAAACAAACAGCAUUGCUAGAAGCUGAUGAUCCUGUGUCACAAUUACACAAAUGUGCUUUUUACAUGAAAGACACUAAUCACAUGUAUUUAUGUUUAUCACAAGAGCGUAUAACAAACUUCAAUGCCACGCCAUGUCCAAAAGGGCCAAAUAAAGAAAUGAUCAACGAUGGAGCUUGUUGGACAAUUAUUAGUACAGACAAAGCAGAAUAUCAAUUUUAUGAAGGAAUGGGGCCUGUAAAUUCUCCCAUAACACCUGUGCCAGUAGUGCAUGGACUUAAUACUAAUGGUGGUGGUGAUGUGGCCAUGUUAGAACUGAGUGGGGAAAAUUUUACACCACAUCUACAAGUAUGGUUUGGAAAUGUUGAGUCUGAAACUAUGUUUCGUUGUCAAGAGAGUAUGAUUGCAGUUGUGCCAGAUAUCUCUUCAUUUAGAGGAGACUGGUCAUGGGUGAAACAACUAACACAAGUACCAGUGUCAUUAGUAAGGAAUGAUGGGAUUAUCUAUGCUACUGGAUUAACUUUUACGUAUACACCUGAACCAGGCCCAAGAAACCGUGUAACACCAGCUGACAAAAUAAUGAGAACAUCUACUUCAAAAAAUAAUUUUUCAUUAUCACAUAUCAUGAGUUGAUUAUUAAAAGGGUAUUUUUUUUAAUAGUAAUAUUUAUUUUACAGCCAACAGGGUAUAUGACUGAUAAUUGACUGAAUGAAACAACAAUACACUGUUUUGACUUUUGAUAGUAAAGUAGUAUUAAAUAGUAGAUAUGUUUCAGGUACCUAAAUAAUUUAUUUUUAGUUGGAUACCUACCAAGUACAGGCUUAAUAAUAAUAUUUUAAAAACCGUCUUUUGAAUAUAAGUUGGGAAAAAACGUUUGUUUUAUAUCAAAUAAUCUUGUAUUGGACGGUUGUUAAAUAUAAUUUUAAGUAGUAAUUAUUGAGUACUUGGAAUAUCUCUAAUUAAAUGCCUAAUGAGACAAAUUUAUAAUUAUAUUUUUUUUUAUAAUUUUUUUUAAAAAACUUUAUAUUAUGUAAUAAUAUUGCUCAAAUUUUUCUUUGUUUUUUUUUAUUUAUGUACCACAUUUUCUGAACGUUUUAAAAAUCACUCAUUUUUAUAUAGUUAUCUAUUUAUCAUAAAUGUAUUAAUACGUAAAAUUAUUGUGAAUUGUAAAUAUAUUUUGUUAGGCAGCCAACUUUAUCAUUUGUUAUUGUUUACCACAGACAAAUUAAAGUUUUUAAUUUAAUAAAAUAUUAUUAUGUACACAUUUUAAAAAAUAAUCUAAUAUUUCUUGUAGAAUAUUAAAAUAUAAAUUAUAUGG